ACAGGCGACGAACGUCUGGCAUUAGAUGGCGUGAAUCUUAAUUCAGACAAUCUGAGUAAAUCUGAAAAAUCGGACGGACUUCUCACUACCAUGUACGUAUCCUAUUACAAUACAACAGACGUGGACAACGAAUCCACUACUUCUACAGAGGCAGCCAUUGCCGUCACCAAUUCUACUCCUCAGCAGAACUUCAGCACCACCACGCAUGUAUACGAAAAUAUCGCUCCUGUCUCCCUGUUGUUUUUCUUUGGAGUGGCUGGUAACAUCAUUGCUGUGCUCGUUCUGUUUUGUUCUGCAAAAACUCACAAAUGGCGUCCGUUCUACAAACUCGUUUGUGGACUGGCCAUUUCAGAUGGUGGGGGAAUACUUGCGUCCUACCCGAUCGCCGAGUAUCGAUACAUUUCUAAUUUUGAAUACGUGUUCCCCAAACCUUUGUGCGAUUACUUAGGAUUCGUCUUCAUGUUCACCUUAAUGUCGUCUGCAAUGAUUGUCUGCUGCAUGUCAAUUGAUCGCUUCUUUGCAAUAUUUUUCCCGUUCCUAUACAACACUCCUACUAAGAAUCGUCGAACUUGGAUAAUGCUGGGGAUCGUCUGGAUCUUAGCAGGAGUCCUUAGCUCUCUGCAUCUGUAUGGUUUGGGCGCGAGUAUGAACUACUACCCAGGGUCCUGGUGUUUUCUGGACUUCAUCGACAUGUCGGUGACAUCAAAGGUCAUCUACUCCUACAUCUACGCCACCACUGGAGCAAUAGUUGUUAUAAUGACUGUGUUCAUCAACUUCUUGGUGAUCAUUUUUUUCAUCAGGAACAAGUUCAGCAAGACUGCCACGAAGACCAAGCGCAAUGACCUUCCGGUGGUCCUCUUCCUCUUAGCGAUCGUCGUACUCUUCACUUCCUGCUGGGCUCCACUUAUGGUAAAUGUAUUUCAGCACGCGACGUUUUCUGUAAGUGGGCAGGGAAAAACAGAGCUCACUUUUUUGCGCAUGGCCGUGACCAAUUCGGUGAUUGACCCAUGGCUUUACAUUUUGUUUCGGAAGGAGAAUCUUGUAAUGCUGGUAAAUUUUGGGAAUCGUUUACUUGGAAGAAACAACAGUCCACGGCCAUCAAACACAUCAAGAUCGAGGGACUCUCAGAAAAUAAACAACGAGACAAUAAAAACAGUUAGUACCAUGUAGGAUGUUGAAGAACUGCGAACGCUAACGCCCGUUUCCCGCCUACAUUUUACAUCCAAAUAUUUCGGAAUUCCUAUCAGAUAUUCAAAAACUAAGUUUUCUACUAAAAAGUAUAAUCAAAUCCUAAUCAAUUCAUAUCAAAAUAAAAUUUGUAAUCAAAUUAUUCAUUUUUAAACAAAAGUUUUGCUAACGCGGGGUCUAAAAAAAAAUUCAUUGAAAUCGGUCUCUAUGAGUUAGGAAAAUAUUAUUUAGCGGCCAAUAUAUGCAUAAAAACUUAAUAAUAACAUAUUUACGAUAUAUAUUAAAGUAAAAUUUCAUAUUAAUUCACAUCUGUUAAUUAGUUUUCAAAAAUUUACAAAGCAAAAUUCUUUUUUUUUGGAAUGUAUUGCGGUCUGUUCCCCCCCGUGAAACAACAAACCCUUUGGUAAAAAUAUGCUAAAUAACAAUAAUUACAACCCCUCAAAAGGAAUUUUUGUUUCACGGGGGGGGGGGGGGGAUGUUUUAAAAAACAUUUCCGUUUUCCGUUAUUUCUAUUAUGGAAUGAGCUAUUAUAACCCAAAAUACAAAGUUAUCUCUCUUUGUUUGACCAAAUCAUUUAUAUUAAAUGAAAAUAUACAUAAAUGUUUACAUUAUUAUAAAAAAUUAACUUUGAUUAGACAGCUUUCAAAAAAUGACUUUUAGUUAGGCGGCUAGACAAUGCUAUCGUUCGCAGUCCUUGAGAAUAUAAAAUUCAAGUCAGAAACGAUUGUCAGAAGUUGACU